AGGCAGCGUCCUCUAUGGUGACUCAGAUGGGUGGGCUUUAGGUUCUGGUUUCAUGAAGUGUUUGGUUUAUAAAGAUGCAUUGUGUAGUUGCAGAGAGGUUUUAAAAAAGAGAAAAUCAUUUUGUGUAAGCUUUUGGCUGCUUUAAAACCAAAAUUUGACAAAAUUGAGGCAUUUGUGACUGUGGAGGAUUUCUUGUGACAAGAAUAACUUUCUGAUUUUAUGAAUGAAGGACCUGCAGGUCUAUGGAAUCCGUUUUUCGAGGUUGGCAUCUUUAAAAAUCGACUGAAUCUUGGAGCAUAUAAAAAUGGAAUGUUAGAAAUAAGCACACUUAAGGGGGAUCUUAUCAGUUGUUAAUACUGCACAGAACUAUGAGGUGAGUGAAUAUGAGAGGGACAGGCAGCAGCAGCAACAAGUGUCAUCUGGUCUUCUAACAUGGGGAGGGCUUUGGAGUUUAAAACGGUGUGAAUAUGAUAGCCUCCUGGAGCCACUAGUACAGCUUAUGCAAGUGGAGAUGUGUGUGCACUAUUCAAAGUGAGUUGACAGUUCACUAAUUUGACAAAAAAGAAGCAGAAAUCAUCAUCAGCGGAUCUGUUCUUGGAUGUAAAUGAAAGUGAGUGACGGAAAACAAAGUAGAGCUUGAUCUGCGGGGGGUAAACAGCCGCCUGGGCGCACGGAUUUACCCUUGGAGGGGUAAAAAAGAUGACUGUGGUGUCCGAGCACGAUCACGAAGAGACUGUGGCCGUCACUCCUCUGCUCCAAGAUGCUGCAGACUUGGAACCAGCGGACCAAGAGUGCAGCGAGAGGCUGGUCAUCAACAUCUCCGGCCUGCGCUUCGAGACGCAGCUGAAGACGCUGUCCCGCUUCCCGACCACACUCCUGGGCGAUCCGCGUAAAAGGAUUCGCUUCUACGACGCUCUGAGGAACGAGUACUUCUUUGACAGGAACAGACCAAGCUUUGACGCCAUCCUCUACUACUAUCAGUCCGGGGGGAGGCUCCGGAGGCCCGUGAGUGUUCCUGUGGAUAUUUUCCUGGAGGAGAUAAAGUUCUACGAGCUGGACGAGGAGGUGAUCGAACUUUUCAAAGACGAUGAGGGCUUGCCCAGAGAGGAGGAACGCCCGCUGCCCUCCAACGAGUUCCAGCGUCAGGUGUGGCUCCUCUUCGAGUAUCCAGAGAGCUCCGGACCUGCGCGGAUGAUUGCCAUAGUGUCAGUUAUGGUUAUUUUAAUAUCCAUUGUUAUUUUCUGCUUGGAGACUUUACCCGAGUUUAAAGAUGUCCCCCCAGAGCCCGAUAACCACGCCAAUGGAAGCGCGCACGGCAAAGAGCCCAGCCCGUUCACAGACCCCUUCUUCAUGGUGGAGACGCUCUGCAUCGUGUGGUUCUCCUUUGAGUUCAUGAUGAGGUUUCUGUCGUGUCCCAGUAAGCCCGUAUUUUUUAAAAACAUCAUGAACUUGAUUGAUGUCGUGGCCAUAGCUCCUUAUUUCAUCACCUUGGGUUUGGAUCUGGCAGAGCAUCAGGGCAGCAGCCAGCAGGCUGCCUCUCUGGCCAUACUAAGGGUCAUCCGUCUGGUCCGUGUCUUCAGGAUUUUCAAGCUGUCCAGGCACUCCAAGGGUCUGCAGAUCCUCGGCCAAACGCUCCGCGCCAGCCUCAGGGAGCUGGGACUUCUGAUAUUUUUCCUGAUCAUCGGGGUCGUUCUCUUCUCCAGUUCUGUUUACUUUGCUGAGGUGGAGGACCCCAACUCCGAGUUCUCGAGCAUACCCGAUGCGUUCUGGUGGGCUGUGGUGACUAUGACUACAGUUGGAUAUGGGGACAUGUGCCCCACCACCAUUGGAGGCAAAUUCGUAGGAUCUUUGUGCGCAAUCGCCGGAGUUCUAACCAUAGCUCUGCCCGUGCCAGUGAUCGUUUCCAAUUUCAAUUAUUUCUAUCACAGAGAGAAUGAAGAGGAGGAAAAUGUGCAGCACGUGCACGUGACCUGCGGGCUGGUGGAGCAGCCGCCCUUCGCAGGUGAAGGGGAUUCCACCCGGAGUAACUUGUCGCUUUCCAAAACGGAGUCCUACCAGGAAAGCGACGACCUGGAGACCCUGACGCAUCCAAGCGCGAAUCAGUCAGACGUGUAUGUGGGGAAACUGACGGACGUGUAACAAAAAAUGAUUUGGGGAAGACAAGGAUUAAAGGUGCCGUUCUCCCUCAAGAGAGAAACGGCGCAUGACAUCCUCUUCUCCAAAGUAACUCCAAAUCAUUUUCUUGCGGAUUACUCCUCCACGCAUUGACAAAGUUGCAGAGACUUCACGGCAGACACCAGCUUCUGUCUGCUGCUUUUUUGAGCGUCAAACAUUCUUUUGCUUUGUAAAUGUAUUUGUAUAAAACAUGCUUGAUGUAUAUAUAUAUUACAGUUUUGUAAAUCUUAAUUUUCAAUGUCUUAUGCAGAAUGUAACUUGACUUGUUCCUUCUUAACUGUUCAGAUUGCCCUGCAGCCACAAAAAUCAGAGAAUGUGUUGCUAACAUGCAUGACAUGCACUCAUGUGAAUUUUUGGUUAAAUAAAUAUUUAUUUUUCUAAUCAAAGGUUAUUGAGUUGUAGGCUGUUAUCACUUUCCUCUUCUCUGGCAAAUCAAAGAAAAUUCUAAAAAAAAAAA